AUGGUCGUGGCACGUCCGGAACCGCCAGUCGGUGGAUACCAUCAGCACCAUCAACAUCACGGAGGUCACGGUGGUCACGGUGGGUACAACUAUGUCCAACCUGCGCCGUACCAGCCUCAGCCUCAGCCACAGCCUGCCGUCUUCGGCCAGACGUCACAGUUCUCGGGUUCGGCUGCCACCGCAUCAUCCGGUGCGAGCUUCUUCGAUACGCUGUCGGCCGGAGGUGCUAGCGGUUCGUUCUCCGGCGCUAGCGCAAACGCUUUCAGCAACAGCCAGGUCAACACGGCUUCGUUUGCCGCUCCCCAGCAGCAGAUCGUUCAGAAGCACAUCUACGUGCACGUGCCACCGCCAGAGCCGGAACAGUCGUUCCAGCAGCAGAUCAUCGCACCCGGACUCCGCCAGAAGCACUACAAGAUCAUCUUCAUCAAGACGCCGCACGUCCAGCCGUCCGCUGCCCAGCUCGCCCUCCAGCAAUCCCAGACCGAGGAGAAGACGAUCGUGUACGUGCUGGUGAAGAAGCCCGAUGCCCUCGAGAAUAUCAACCUGCCCACACCGCCAGUCACCAAGCCCAGCAAGCCGGAGGUUUACUUCAUCAAGUACAAGACCAACACCGAGGAGGUGCAGGCCCCGAUCGGUCUUGGCGUUAGCUCGUCUGGCUCGGCUCAGGCUGACGCUGGUCUUGGUCUGCUCUCGUCCAGUGGUGUCGCUUCGUCGUCUGCUGCGGCCGGUGCCGUGUCCUCCGUUUCGAACGUUCCCGCUCAGACGUACGGUACACCGUCGCACCAUCACGGUGGCUACCACUAA